GCUGUUGGUUUGUUUUUGUUUGUAUUAAAUGUAAAGUGAAUUCCAUAAGACCGGUUUAGGUGCGAGAAUAUGGUGUAACUAUGUGAUUUCAAUUUAUAUGGCUUUAUACGUACUGGACAAGAGGAGCAAAGUUAGGGGAGCAGCAACAAGUAAACAAUACGAAAUCGCCAUCGAUAAUUGUACGAAUAGCAGCUUGGUUGAGUGUGCUUUCUUCCAAGCUAAUAGAAACGACGACUUGAGUUUCACUUCGCAACGAGUAAAGCUUGCGUACAGACGUUGUUGAUUCGUUGGAAUCGGGCUCAAAUUUAUUAAUAAAAAGUGUACUUAAUUCCAAAAUUUCUUAAGAAUUUCUUUUUUAAAAACUUAUCUGAAAAAAAAUAUCGUUCAAAAUGUGGAAGCGUGUAGCAACGGAAACAGGAAGCAUAUGGAUUACAAGAGGAAAAUAUCAGUUGCGUCUGCGCUCUUUUACACCUGCUGCAACUUUCACUUUUCCACAACAACCAAGCAUUCGUACGUCGACGUCAACGUCAGCAGCAAAGCCAACACCUCCGAAACACGACUGGAAUCGUGCUGUUAGUGAGGCAGAACGUAUUGUUGGCUAUCCAACCUCAUUCCUUAGCCUACGUUGGUUAUUAAGCGAUGAAAUUGCAAAUGUUGCCUUACAUCUCAGAAAAUUGGUGGGCAGUAAUCAUCCUUUACUAAAGACAGCGAAACACUUACUUUAUAAUGGCAAAAAUACAAUGCAAGCAUGGGGACUGAUAGUGCUGCUGAUAUCGAAAGCCGCUGGUCAUGCACCGUCAGUGCCAGACAUGGAACAAGACAAAAGUGCCGGAGUCCUACAUUCUCAACGUGCCUUAGCAGAAGUUACGGAAAUGAUUAGAAUUUCUCAUCUUGUGCACAAUAGUCUGGUGAAUUUGCAACCAUCAUCAGAGGCUGGAAAGGAUACUGCUACAUAUGAAGAUAUGGCUUUUGGCAACAAGAUCGGUUUACUUACCGGUGACUACCUGCUUGGGCAUUCUAGUGCUGAACUGGCCAAUUUGCGUAAUCAAGAAGUAGUCGAAUUAAUUUCUUCUGCAGUUCGAGAUUUUUCAGAGUCCCAAUUUGUUGGCGAGCGGGAUGAACAAAAUAAUCCAUUACCUUACAAGCCAGGUACUGAACCACCCAAAACUAACGGUACAGCAACAACAGAAAGCAUCGAUUUCGAUGUCAACGACGUGAUGAUACCUAUGAAUAUAUCUAAAGUCUUGGGUAAUCCUGAAAAGGAAUGGGAAUGUCGUAAUAUAUUAAACGCUGGCAGUUUGCUUGGCAAAGCCUGCCAGGGUGCUUUAAAGUUAGCUGGUCAAAGUGAGGAUAUGCAACGACAAGCAUAUCUCUUUGGAAAACAUUUAUCGUUGGCAUGGCAGGCAUGCUUGGAUGCGGAGCCAUUCCAAAGCGCAACGUUGCCAAUAGAUACCACAUUCAGUCUGGUAAGCGCGCCGGUAUUGUAUCAUCUCGAAUAUGAUCCUUCCUUGUAUGAAGAGAUUGAAAAGGGCCAAGUUUCGGUGGAAAAUAUCGAUUACGCCAAAAUUCAUAAAGCAAUUUCAGCCGGACCUGGACUAGAAAAGACGAAAGUUUUGCAACGAAAACAUACGACGGCUGCAAUGGAGGUUCUAGAGAAAUUUCCGCCUACGGAUGCACGCACAGCUCUCGAGAACAUUAUUCUUGCGAUGCAAGACUUGUAGUUAUAUUGUAAAAAAGGAGGAAUUAUUUAAAAUU